UCGAUCAUGGACAUAAUGUGGCGGCCAUGGGAGCCCAUUCGCCACCUUCCAUACACACACACACGGAAAAGGUCUUCAUCAUCAGUUCAUCACCAAUCUUUGCUCUCAUCAUCAUUUCAACUUAGCUUUAGCUUUGUCCCACAAAAAACCAAAAGAAACUAAACUCAAUUCUACACCUUCUGCUAUAAAAUUCAGCCCUCGUUUGCUCCACACUGACCAUAACACCCCAAAAUCCCAAAAACCCAAAGCUAAAAACAAUGUCUAGAAGCAAUUUCAACAACGCCGUCGUAUCAUUUCUUGCUCCUCUCCCUUCAAUUCUCUUCUACCUUUAUUUCGUCAACCAUUUACAGACCAACAAUGGCGGCGCUUCUCUUUCUCCUCUUUGGUCAUGGUGCUUUCAUCACCCUUUGCUCUUAGCUAAUGUCUUAUUUUUCUUCAAUGUCAAUGUUCUUUUCUGGGUCAUCGGUCACAUCCAAUCUAGCAACUGGAUGAUUGAUUUGUAUUGGACGGUGAUACCGGUGAUGUUAGUUUAUUAUUAUGCAACACACCCAUUGGCUCAAUUUGAUUUAUGGAGAUCGAAGGUUGUGAUAAUGUUGACAUGGGUUUGGAGUAUCAGGUUGACUCAUAACUAUUUUAGACGUGAAAAUUGGCAAUGGGGUGCUAGAGAAGAUUGGAGGUUUACUGAUAUGCGUCGACAGUAUGGUCGCCAUUGGUGGUGGAUUUCAUUCUUUGCUGUCUACUUUUCUCAACAGAUAUUUUUGAUUGGGAUAUGUCUUCCGCUCUAUGUGGUACACUCAGUUGAUAAGCCCUUGAAUAUGUGGGACUUUGUUGCUGCUAGCGUUUGUUUGUGUGGCAUUGUUAUAGCCUACUUUGCAGAUACACAGCUCCAUGAUUUUGUGACCACAAAUAGCAAGCUAAAACAACUCGGAAAGCCUAUGGUCCCUAAUCUCGACCGAGGCUUGUGGCGAUACUCGCGUCAUCCGAACUAUUUCGGCGAGCAAUUGUGGUGGUGGGGACUGGUUGUAUUCGCUUGGAACUUGGGACAUGGAUGGACCUUUGUUGGAGCUUUGAUUAAUAGCAUGUGCUUAGCUUACGUUACCGUGCUCGUCGAGCGGCAGAUGUUGAAACAAGAGUACCGAGCUGAAGCAUACAGGUUAUAUCAAAAGACAACCUCAGGAUGUGUACCUUGGUUCAAAUCUUCUGUUAUAGCAGUAAAAGAUAAGGAUACUUGAUCUAAAUUUUUUGUUUCCUUGCCAUGUUUUUUGUCAUGUUGGUGGAUUCUAUACUAUUUAUGUCCCGUCUUUGAUGUGGUGAGCACUUGUGAUGUAUUCUGCUAUGUCUCUAUUUGAGCUCAAAAUGGUUGUUGUCUUUGGUAAUCAAAGAGAUAUCACUGUAUGAAAUCAUGUAAAUUCUUUGUUUGUUUAUUUGCAAUAGAAUUUUUUUUCUUCA